UUCUGGAAGGCAGGAGCCACAGCAAUACCCGGAGGGAGAGAAAUGCGCGGUGCCACUGCAGUGAUCUGAGCCCACCGAGGGACCCAGUUUGUUCCUGCAUCGGAGGAGAGGAACCCGCGCCCUCUGCCUGACCCAAGCCCCCUUCACUCGCCAGCUACCCCUGCAAGGCAUGAGCGGCGCGCGGGAGCCCGAGGCUGCAGAGCGGUCAUGAGGCGGCGGCCCAGGAACCGCGGCUGUGCGUCUGCAGCCCCCAGGUCCCCUCCGGGCGCGGCGCCUCCGGGAUGAGCCCCCAGACCCGCGACUGCCAGAGCUGAGAUUUAUCCGCAGUGUCCACCUUAGUUCUGCGCGCGGGAACCGCGAGCCCGGCCCCAGCAGCUCACCGCCGCGACACCUGCGCGCUGGACCAGACCCACGCCCAGCGAAGCCGAAUCGCCUCCCUUCCCAGGCUCUACAGAGAGACACGCGGGUGCAGGAGCAACUGUGCACAGGAGGCGGGCGGCCCACCGUCCAGGAGCAAGUGUCAAGAUCCUUCUGGAACGACUCUGUCAUCCCCUCUCUUAGGCGCGCCAGCUUCGGGCGGGGCGCACAGUUGCAGACAGACACCUGGCUGGCCCUGCGCCCCCUCGGUUCUCCAUCACCACAACUCCAACUCCACUUUGUUAAUAAAGGUUUCUAAAUUCGCUCAGGCACCCCCACCCACCCACAGCCCCGAGCUUCAGUGCGCACAAGGGCUGUGCCCUCGCGGGCCACAGCGACUUCGGCAGAGGUGGCGCACACUUGGCACAUCCCGGCAGUUGGACGCGGACCCCGGAAGGGCGCCCAGGUCACUUCCAAAUACUGACAACCCCCGUGUCCCCGGGCCCCCAUCUGAAGCCAGUUCACCCUAGCACUCCGCGGCCAGGCGGCGCGUCCCGGGUCCCGAAGUAGCCCGGGAAGGAGGGGAGGUGAGGUGGCUUGUCGGGUGAGUGGCUCAGGGCGGGGGAGCCAAGCGUGGAGGUAACUCCGGGCCGCCACUGAAGCCCUCCUCCUCCUUCUCCUCCUCCUCCUCCUUCUCCUCCUCCUCCUCCUCCUCCCCGCGCUCCUCUGGCGGCCGCUCCAGCUCCAGCAGCGGCGCCGCGGCCACAUCUGGGGCGCCCAUGUGCGCUCGGGGGCUUGGCUGCGCCCGCCCCGCCGCCGCCCCCGCUGCCCCCUGUCCGCCGGGUGGUCCCCGGCCCGGCCUGGGUCCCGGGCAGCCCCCUGUCCCCGCCGCUGCAGGGAAGCUCCGGGGUUUGCUCCGCAGCCGGCUUGGACGCCCCCGGCCCCGCCGUGGCUCCGCCGUGGUGCGGUGGCGGCGGCGGCGGCGGUGGCGGCUCCUGCUCCCCCGGCCCGGCGCGCCCCGCCGUGCCCAGCGCUGGCCCCGCGGGCCCGGGGAGCGGGGGCCCGGCGGGGGCCGAGGCUGGAGCCGCGCUGCCGGGCUCGGGAGCUCCGACUCCUCCUCCCCCGGCGCCACCGCCGUCGCCGCCCGCCGCGCCGGGUCCUAAAGCCGCGCGUCUCAAGAGGAUGGUUCGCCUGGCGGCGGAGCUGCUGCUGCUGCUGGGACUGCUGCUGCUCACGCUGCACAUAACGGUGCUGCGCGGCACUGGGGCUGCCGACGGGCCGGACGCCGUCGCGGGCAACGCCAGCGGGACCCAGCUGCAGAAUAACCUCAAUGUGGAAAGUGACUCUACGUCAGAAAGCAGCUUUCCUUUCUCCAAAGAAGCACCAGGGGCGCAUCUGGACCACCAGGCUGCACACCAGCCCCUCUCUAGACAGCGAUUCCAGCCAGAGGCUGGGCACCCGUCAUUGCAAAGAGAUGGUCCAAGAUCUUUCCUCCUUGAUCUACCAAACUUUCCAGAUCUUUCCAAAGCUGAUAUCAACGGACAGAAUCCAAAUAUCCAGGUCACCAUAGAGGUGGUGGACGGUCCUGACUCUGAAGCAGAUAAAGAUCAGCAUCCGGAGAAUAAGCCCAGCUGGUCAGUCCCAUCCCCUGACUGGUGGGCCUGGUGGCAGAGGUCCUUGUCCUUGUCGAGGGCCAACAGCGGGGACCAGGACUACAAGUACGACAGUACCUCAGAUGACAGCAACUUCCUCAACCCUCCCCGGGGGUGGGACCGUCCGGCCCCAGGCCACCGGUCUUUUGAAACCAAAGAGCAACCAGAAUAUGAUUCCACCGAUGGGGAGGGCGACUGGAGUCUCUGGUCUGUCUGCAGCGUCACCUGUGGGAAUGGCAACCAGAAGCGGACCAGGUCCUGUGGCUACGCGUGCACCGCCACAGAGUCUCGGACAUGUGAUCGUCCAAACUGCCCAGGAAUUGAAGACACCUUCAGGACAGCUGCUACCGAAGUGAGUCUGCUUGCGGGAAGCGAGGAAUUUAAUGCCACCAAACUGUUUGAAGUCGACACGGACAGCUGUGAGCGAUGGAUGAGCUGCAAGAGCGAGUUCUUAAAGAAGUACAUGCACAAGGUCAUCAAUGACCUGCCCAGCUGCCCCUGCUCCUACCCCACCGAGGUGGCCUACAGCACCGCGGACAUCUUCGACCGCAUCAAGCGCAAGGACUUCCGCUGGAAGGACGCCAGCGGGCCCAAGGAGAAGCUGGAGAUCUACAAGCCCAGCGCCCGGUACUGCAUCCGCUCCAUGCUGUCCCUGGAGAGCACCACGCUGGCCGCCCAGCACUGCUGCUACGGCGACAACAUGCAGCUCAUCACCAGGGGCAAAGGGGCGGGGACACCCAACCUCAUCAGCACUGAGUUCUCGGCCGAGCUGCACUACAAGGUGGACGUCCUGCCCUGGAUCCUCUGCAAGGGCGACUGGAGCAGGUAUAAUGAAGCCCGGCCUCCCAACAACGGGCAGAAGUGCACCGAGAGCCCCUCGGACGAAGAUUACAUCAAGCAGUUCCAAGAGGCCAGGGAGUAUUAGAGAGAGACCACCUCCGGGAUUUAGGACACAAGCGCACUGCACUGAUCCGCGACCGGGAGCACAGUCCCUCUUAGCUGCCUUCGUGUGUGUUUGCACGGACCACAUGCGUGUGUUUCCUAAAUCACACUAGGGAUGUGCGCCAGGCCCGGUGUCUGCCAUCUGAAGCCACCCUUGCCAUCUAAGAUGCCCACAGACCUCCGUGGAACUCCUCCUAGGGGUGGUGUGGGAAGGAGGAUGAGGACGGAGAAGCCAGGAGAACCUGGAAGCCACAGUGGGUGGGAUUCAGUUCACACCCAGACCCAGGGUUUCCUAGCGAAGCAGAAGGGGGGGGGGGGAGAGAGACUGGAGUUGUAAACAUUAUAAGUUUUUAUCUAUAACUUAUUUAAUAUGAAUGUGACUUAAGCGUAACCUUUUCUCUGGAGUUGUCAUCGGGAGACUGUUUAAUCGCUUCUGUGAGCGUGCAGACAGGGCUUAGGGGGGGGUGGAGGAGAAAGGGAAUGUGUAAUGAUGUCUUUAAAAAUAACUCAAUAGAAAUAUAUCCAAACAAGAAAACACCCACCUUAAACCAAAUAUUAUUUAGUCAUGAGGCACCUUGCUGAAGUCUCAGUGUCCAAAAUGUUCUUGCCUAACUAAGAAAGGGGGUGGGGGUGGCGGGCAAAUGGAUGUUUUAGGGGCAAAUCUGAGGCCUGGUUUUAAAUAGGCUUUUAAAAUAAAAGGCCAAUAUUAGCCUAAUGCUUUGAUUCUACUAAAAGGCUUCAGAAUGGCAGAAUUUCUGUUCGUGCCUUAGUAAGUCCAGAAGGCUGCAGGAAAGUCAGACAUAAAAACAGAGAAUAGCACUUUUUCAAUGAUAAGAAAGCAAGAUAAAUGGGAAAAUAACUUUGGACCCCCAUGUCAUCUAUUUCAUUUUAAUACCAUCUUAACAUUUUUUUUUCUUCACCAAUAUAUUCACAGUAAAUAAAUGUAAAAAGAGAAGGAGGACUCAAGUCUAGGAAAUCCUAAUUUUUUUUUUAUGUUUUAAGUGGGAAAAUAACUACAUUAUUUUUGUAAAGUAUUUAUUGAGUCAUUGAGUCUAGUGCAUCAAGCAGUUGUAAUUUGACCUGGUUCUGUGGUGUGGAACUUAGGGCAAAUAAAGAGUUGGUUAUUAUGCAAUCUUUACUUGCAAAACUCCAGGAAAAGAGAAUAUAUAAUAAAAUCAUAAUAAAAUGUGUUACCUACAGUAAAUGUGUUACUUGCAAAUAUUUAUGAUGCAAAUACCAUAAAGAGCUCUGAUGAAGCAGGGCUGUGAGGCAAGGGCGAGAAAGGUUCAAGCCAAGUGGGAAUAAAAGGCUCAUUGAUUGACGUGGUGGUGGGUGGUGUAAGUCAUAGCACCAGGAAUAUCAGUCCAGCCCCAGGAGGAUGAAGCUCACUGACACAGGUACAAUGUUUUGCCCACCCAGAGCUAAGAAAGAGCUAUGAAGACCAAACCAGAGCAAAGGCUUAAGACAGCGCAAGUGAGUGGGGCUGCUUCCAAACAAAAUCUGCAAUUAUGGUAAUAAGUAGAACUACUCAUAAUGCGAAUUAUUCUUUUUCCAGAUGACAAAAACAAAGCUCACAUAAAAUAAAUCACAUAACACCCUUCUUUCACAUCGUAGCCCAAUGCUCUUUCUACUAUACCAAAUAUUUGGUGUCCUCAUAUUCCUGGUGUCUUUGGUAUUCCAAGUGAUCCUACCCUUAGGUUUGCCUAAUAAAUU